AUGGGGCCAGGCUGGCUGUUGCCCAUGCUGGUCCUGGUGCUGGAGCUGCCUGGGGGGUCCCUGGCACAGAAGCAGCUCCCCAGGGAGCCCCACAACCUCAACUGGGACAAGUUUUCAGGGUUCUGGUACAUUGUUGCCAUCGCCUCUGACACCCAGGGGUUGUUGCCGGCCAGAGACAAGAGGAAGCUGGGGGCAUCUUUAGUGAAGGUUCACAACAUGGGCCAGCUGAGGGUGGUCCUCGUCCUUAACCGGUCACAGGGGUGCAAGGCACACUCGCUGAUCCUGCGGAAAGACAGAAAGAGGGCUGUGUUCAGGAACACCUGUGCGUAACCGCUGGGCCCUCGGGAGAGCAAGGGGAGGGGUGUCCAGGGCUUCCUGGCCACCAGGACCCAGGCUUGGGCUACCGACCGCACUGGCCCCAGCUGUCCUCCUCUGAGAACAUGGGCCGUGAAGGGGGUGGCGGGCUUCCACGUUCUGACCUCUGACUACAAGGACAGCGUGGUCUACCUGCGCCUGGGCCGGGCGGGCCAGGCCACCAAGACCCUGCUUCUCCUCAGCAGGCAGAGCACGGCCAGCUUCCUGAGUAUGAGAAAGUUCAUAGACGUGUGUGAGGCUUUGGAGCUCGCCCGCAGUGUGACAGUUCUCCCGAAAGAUGGUAAAGUGCGGCCGCGAGCGCUCGGGCAGCACCGCUCCCGGCCCCGUGCCCAUCCCGCUGGGGUGCUGACUCCUGUGGGGGACAGAGAGGUGGAGCGGUGA